AUGAUUGGGCCUGAAAUCCCUUCUCAUCUGCUUCAACCAAAGCAAUCACCCGAGCCUUCACCUGCGGAUGAAUCCUCCACUGUUUCUAUCGGACCAGUCUUACCUCCUCACCUUGCCAACCGAUCCUCUUCUGUUCCUGAAACUCAAUUACCGUCGGUUCCAACAGUACCAGCAGUAGACACCGCUCCUGCAUCGGAUGACGAAGAUGCCUUUUUACCUGAAUUACCUCCAGAUUUACUUGAACAACGCAAAAAGACCGAACCUAAACCUCAAAUUGAAGAUAGAAACAACAACAACAACAACAAACAACAACAUCGGCGUCGUAGACCUGUAGGGCCUGCAAUGCCAUCCUGUCCUUUGAGUGUAGCUACUUAUGAGGAUGCAGAGGACAUUGGACCUGUUCUUCCAUCGAGUUAUGAUCCCGAAAAGAUGGCAGUUCAAUCUACUAUGGCAGAUAUCGAAGAACGUGCACGUCAGAGUAAAGAGCAAAUGGAAAAGAAGGAUGACCCAUCUGGAAAAAUUGAAAGACCAGAAUGGAUGUUGUUACCCCCAGAAGUUGAUUACCUAAAAGCUGCUGAUUCUGGACGUUCUCGUACGUUCAAUAACCGCCAGCUGUCAGACCGGGAUCGUGAUAAUAGUGGAUGGACCGAAUCUCCUUCAGAUAAGAAGAAUAAGAAGCGUAAAGAGGCUAAGGAUGAUGUUCCAAGAGCAUCUCUUGAGCAGGAAAGAAUUAUCAAGCACAAUAUUGAGAAGCAUAAUCGAUCGGAAAGACCAUUGUCAUUGAUGGAAAUGCACCAAAAGAAGAGAAAGGUUAAUAGAGAAAUGGAAGAUGUCAGAAAUCGUCCAUUUGACCGUGAAAAGGAUCUAAAAGGCUAUAAGCCUAUGGACAAAAAGCAGAAGAAAGAGUUUAUGCGACAAUCUGGUAUAUUGGAUGAUCGAUUUGGCAGCAGCAGUCGCGGUUCAUUUUUGUAA